AUGACAACUUUAUGGCCAACUGAAAGUUUUCUUGGCAAUGAUGCUGAACUUAAAAAUGAAUACAUUUCUAACAUUGAAAAAGGUGCAUAUCUUCAUAAAUAUGCUGGUCUUUGGGCUCUUGGUUUAGAUUUGUUACCAACAUCGGCCCAUCGUUCUUUAGAUUUAUUUGUUUAUAAAGGAUGUGUUUGUUCAACUGAAGCUUUGUUUAAAACCCCAACAACACCAAAAAAUGCAAUUCAACCAACACCUACUAGUGGAUAUAAACGAAAUUAUAAUAAAAAUUGUUCUAUAAGAUAUACUAAUAAUACUCGUCACGAAUUGGGUGCUACAAGGCAUGGAGAAAAAAUUGUCCAUUUUUCAUUGUGGUUGAAUUACUUUGGAAGUAAUGGCACAUUAGAAUUAUGUACUUUUACUGGUACUUUUCUGAAAAUAGAACUUGGUGGCAGUCAAAUAAAAUUUCUUUAUAUGGUACGAUUUUUAAUGGCACUAAUUUAUUUCACUGCCAGCACCCCUUCCCAUUACCUAUUUUUUGUUUAA